UAUUCAUAACAAACAUAAUAAUUCUUUUCAAAUUUCACGUCCUAAAAAGGGAAUCUCUUCAACCUUCUAUUCAUGAUGGAUUUUUUUACUUUAUAAAAGAGAAAUCUAUUUAAGAGAGAGAAAUUUGCUAGUAGCUUAAUAUAUCACAAACCUAACAGUCUUUGGGAAGCUUAUUGGAAUGGUUGCUGCGCUGCUUACUUCAUUUCUAUCUAUUUCUAUGUUAUUGCCUAUUGCUAUCGGAAUCCAUCGAAAGGAGACUCUGCGAAUGCGAAACCCUGCUUCUCUCGAUCUUGUUCGCUCCAUCAAGAGCUUCAUUGUGUCAUUUUCGUUUUAUGCGGCAAACCCUGAAAAUGAUGGGAAAAGGAUACAAGACUUUUUUCUGACUAUGGAAGCUGCUAUAAGGGAUCAUCCUUUAUGGACAGGUGCCUCUGAUGCAGAAAUCGACAACGCCUUGGAGGGCCUGGAGAAAUACGUGAUGACUAAACUACAUUCGCGGACGUUUGCUUCCUCUGCUGAGGAUGUCAAGAUGGAUGGAGAGAUCUCUGACAAGAUAUGCUUGUUGCAGACCUUCUUGAGGCCUCAACAUUUGGACAUACCGCCAGUUCUUCAAAAUGAAGCUUCAUGGCUGCUAGCAGAGAAAGAAUUAAAAAAGAUCAAUGCUUUCAAAGCGCCUCGUGAGAAGCUUCUGUGUAUCAUGAAUUGUUGUAGGGUCAUCAACAAUUUACUUCUCAAUGCAUCGAUUUCAGAAGAUCAUGUUCUAGGAGGGGCAGAUGAUUUUCUUCCCGUUCUUAUAUAUGUUACGAUCAAGGCCAAUCCUCCACAAUUGCAUUCCAACCUCAAAUUCAUCCAAUUAUACCGGAGGCAGGACAAACUUAUCUCAGAAGCAGCUUAUUUUCUCACAAAUCUUGUCUCAGCCAAGUCCUUCAUUGUAGACUUAAAUGCCAAAUCUCUUUCAAUUGAAGAAAUUGAAUUUGAGGAGAGUAUGCAAGCUGCAAGAUUAAUUGACAGAGUGCCCCAAGUAACCUUACCCACCUUAGAUAAGAGAUCAACAUUUGGAAACCUGACAGAUCCUGGGCCAUCAACAUUAAUGCACGGAAGGGAAACUAAUUUAAACAGUGGGUCAAAUUAUCCUUACAUGGAAGCUGAGGCUGGUGAAUUGACAGUGGGUGAUGUGGAGAGAUUACUAAGUUUGUACAAAGAUUUGGUAACAAAGUAUAAUAGUUUGUGCAACGCUGUUAGACACCUUUCUAUCUCCAAGACAGUUUCCCCUGCUCAACAAGGAACUAAUGACUUGUUAAAGGAGUGUAAUGGAACAAACAGUGACACUAGUUGCCAAGAAGACUGAAAAAAGUUGCAAAAUAAAUAUGUAACAGCUUUUACAAUCAUACCACUUUGUUUAAAUAAUACGAAUCCUUCCUCAAGUAAAUUGGAAAUUGUUUUUUCUUCAUUUUUUAAAUUUAA